CGCUCAGUCCCUCAGUCGGGCUUUAGCCAUGCCACCGUGAACAUCCCAAUUUUCGAGCGUAUCACUUUCCGUGACUUUUAAAGUGUAACCAAAGUUCCUCCCCUUAUUUAUUAGAAGUAUUUAUAUAUUUAUUUUUUCUCAUAAAUCAACUGUAGCUCGCCGUGUGAUCUCCACUUCGUUAACGUUUCAUUUUUCAACGACACACCCUCGAAAAAGUGACGAUUUUUUAUCGGAACUCUUUUCUAUUUUAGUUUCAACUACCCUAAAAAGUGACUUCUUAACUAGGUUUUUCGAAUCUGUUUUCUAGUUUUAACGACCCUAAAAAGUGACUUGUUAACUAGGUUUUUCGAAACUGUUUUCUAGUUUUAACUACCCUAAAAAGUGACUUGUUAACUAGGUUUUUCGAAACUCUCUUAUAGUUUUUAUCACUCUAGAAGGUGACUGAACUAGUUUUUUUGAAGCCCUUCAACUACUCCAAAAAGCGAUUUGUUGACUGGAUCUUUUUCGAAUUUCAACUACACCGGUUGUCGGUUGUGAAUUUUCGCUGAAAAACUUCUUGAUUGUAGCUAGAAACUCUUUUCCAGUUUCAACUCCCCAAAAAGUGACUUGUCAACUACUUUUUCAAAACCCUUUUCUAGUUUAAACUACGACUUGUCGUCAACUAUUUCUUCGAAACUCUCAUAGUUUCAACCACUCUAGAAAGUGACUCAACUAGUUUUUUCAAAGCCCUUCCCUAUCUUCAACUACUCCAAAAAGUGACUCGUCAACUAGUUUUUCCGAAACUCUUUUCCAAUUUCAACUAUACUCGAAAUACACCGGUUGUCGGUUGUGAAUAUUAUUUCCUCUAGAAACUUGUAUUACAGUGCAAUUGUGUUGAUUACAAGUUUAAUUUUGUGUGUGUGUGUGUUUGUAAAUACUGUACCUCGCUCCUCCAACCUCAAGAGUGUUAAAGAAACUGUUUUUGACGAGAUGAAACUGCUGUGAACUUCAAAAUGAGGUCCAACGUGUGUGAAGAUAAUCUUUUAACUACCAGCUACUGUGGAGUUCGUAGGAAAAAAGUCAAUGACGUAGAUGCGAAAUCGGCCGAAAUUGAAAAGCUGAAAAUUGACCUCAGGGACGCUGAAGAUGAAAAUCUCAAGCUGCAGGCUGUUAUAUCGGAUUUGACGCAAGUGAACAAAAGAUGGCAGAAGUACAACAGCGACAGACAAAUUUAUGUCCAAAAAUUGUUGAACACCAUUCAGGACCAGCAAGAGCAACUAAACAAGAUGGGGGAGCAGCGGGCUUUCUCCAGUACUGAGGGAGAACAAGACGUAGGAGUCACGAAUAAAAAUCACGACCAGGAACUGGCCAAACUUCAAGAGACUGAGAUGAUAUUGAAAGAGAAAAUUCAGGUUCUGGAAUUUCAGGUGAAGGCAAACCGCGAUGACUGGGAAGCCGAGCUCAAUGAGAAAAAGCAAGUGCUGAAGGAAAAGGCAGAUAUCGAGGGAAAAGUUAAUGAGCUAAUGGAUGAGCUGCAAGAAUUAAAGCAGUCCAUUCUACAGAAGCAAAGGAAUGAUAGAAGGAAUAUUUGCGAGCUAUGUAGACUUGGCAUGACCAGUGAAACGCCUCAACCCGUCAAUAGGUUAUUCCGUACCGCUGUCCAUCUACCCUGCUCUAGUCAAAAUUGGAGAGGCAGCAUGUCGGAAGAAGCAUCCAACUAUAGCAAUCUGGAGGCAGACGGCCCCAACGACAAGACUGACCUCCAAGGAGCAGCCGCGUCCUACUUCGGCGGUCCACCGGCGGUCAAGCGGUCCGAUUCGGCGUCCGCCACUUCCGACGGCGACUUUGACAGCGGUCUGCCGCGCGCCGAGAGUAGCGACGACGUAUGGAACAUCGGCGAGCGACAGUCGCGCGCGACAGCGACAGAAGUGUCGCCGAGCUACUCGCGUGCGUCAACCGCCCCGUUAGUUAGUAGCCCUGUGAUCCAUGUCACACCGUCCAACAGCAACUCCAGUGUGACUCUGAUCGACUCGGACCCCUGGUUUCACCAGCGAUCCUCACGGUACGUCUGUCGAGCACCUGAUAGUCCGUCAACCUGUUCUGUCGUGCAACUACCAUCGGAUACUCGAUGUGACUCGUCGAGCGACAUCGUCGAGCCUCCAACCUCGCCGAGUGACUCGAGGCAAAACCUCGUCUGUCCCGUUUGCCAGUCUGUGUUUCCCUCAGAUAAUAAUCUCAAGUUCCUUGAACACUUUCAAGUGUGCCAAAGAAAUGUUUAAAUAAGUUAUUGUAGUUUAUUAACGGAAGGUAUCAAUCAAUUCAAAUUUCCAAAUUCUUAUAGUCAGAUUCAUGUUAUAAAGUCAGUGGAUUGGACGACAGAGUUGCCAAUUUUCUGUUAAUACACCGCUUUCUAUAAGUAGCAGAUAACUGUGAUUCAAGUCGUCAUCCUAUUAUAUAUAUAUCUGACUUGUUUUCUUAAAAUGUAUGAAAUCAGGGCUACUUUUAUAUUUAUUUAUAAAAUAGAAUUAAACUGCACUUACACCAAAGCUAUUAACAAAAUGUU